AUGUCUGACCAGGAGAGAUUUGUGAAAACAACAGGGGGCAAGGGUAAUCCCAAGCAAAUCCAUAUUGCGCACAGGAAGUCGCCCUCUGAACUUACCAAUCUAAUGAUUGAACAAUUUACAUUGCAAAAACAAGCCGAGAAUGAUAACAGUGGCGGAAGUUCUUCUUCCCAGAACCAAGGGGCGGGCUCUUUUUUACCACAACCACCUAACGUUCCAUACCAACUGUCUCCUAACUCAGGAGGUAGAAAGGGAAGAUCCCACUCUAGAAGUGGCUCUGCAUAUUACAACAAUAACGAUCAUAAACAAAACACCCCUGCUACAGGCCAUAGGAGAACCGGUUCACAAACCAGUGUUUAUGGACAUUCUAGGAGACAAUCCAUCGGUUUGAACGAAGCAAAGAGAGCAGCAGCUGAAGAACAAGCAAAAAGAGAAAGUUGUCCUCACAUUAAAGUUGAUAAUCCUCAAGAUAUCCCAAAACUUGCUAACGAAAACGAACAAACAAGCUAUAAGUUCCCUGGAUCGCCACCACCUACGGAUAGCAAGAAUAAUAGCCACCGUAGAACCCAGUCUAAUAUGUCACCUAAUAGGGCUUUUCAAUUCCCUCCAGCCAAGGUUAAUCAAAAGGAAAAUAAUGAUGAUUUCAUACCGGUUGGAACUCCGCACCGUAGAACAAAUUCAAGAAAUGAGGGUAUAGAUGGUAACUGGAGAGUGCAACAGCAGCAGCAAAUGUCGCCAUUCUAUCAUUCCAGAACUCAUUCCAGAGAGUUUUCUGGCCAUCCAGGGUUAGAACCACCACCAAUUUUUCAGCCAGGUCAUAAAUCUCGUGGUUCUAAUGCCUCUACGCAUAGCUUUAACUCUGCUAAUGGACAGCAGCAACAAAAUUCCAACGGCCGUAAAUCUCUCUUCGCGCCAUAUUUACCACAAGCUAAUAUCCCUCAAUUAAUCGAAGAAGGUAAACUAGUAGCAGGGAUUCUAAGAGUUAAUAAGAAGAAUAGGUCAGAUGCAUGGGUUUCGACCAAUGGUGUCUUAGAUGCCGAUAUUUUCAUUUGUGGCUCUAAAGACCGUAAUAGAGCACUAGAAGGUGACCUAGUCGCUGUUGAACUUCUAUUGGUGGACGACGUCUGGGAGUCUAAAAAGGAAAAGGAAGAAAAGAAAAGAAGAAAGGACGCCAGUGCUCAACAAGAUAUUAUUCCGUUAGACUCUAAAGACGACUACCACAAUGAUGCUUCCACGAGUAUCGUUUCUGGUACAACAGCAUCGACUGAAAGUAAGGAUACAGAUAAUACUUUGGGCUCUUCAUCUGGAUCCAUCAAGAGAAGAGGUUCAUUGAAACAACGCCCUACUCAGAAGAAAAAUGAUGAUGUAGAAGUUGAAGGUCAGUCCUUAUUAUUAGUCGAAGAGGAGGAAAUUAAUGAUGACUAUAAACCUUUAUACGCUGGUCAUGUUGUUGCAGUGUUGGAUCGUAUUCCUGGUCAAUUAUUCAGUGGUACUCUAGGUCUUCUAAGACCAUCUCAACAAGCCAACAAUGAUGUAAAUAAACCAAAUAAGCCAAAGAUUGUUUGGUUCAAACCAACUGAUAAGAAGGUGCCAUUGAUUGCUAUUCCUAUUGAACAAGCACCAAAAGACUUCGUGGAAAAUGCAGAUAAGUAUCAGAACAAAGUGUUUGUUGCAAGUAUUAAACGUUGGCCCAUUACAUCGUUGCAUCCCUUUGGUACUCUUGUAUCUCAAUUGGGUGAACUAAAUGAUCCAAAAACUGAAAUAGACGCUAUCUUGAGAGACAAUAAUUUCUUGAGCGAUGAAUAUUUAGACCCUCGUGACCGUACCAAAGAAAGAGACAGUUUCCAACCAGUGAUUCUUUCACAGGAAGAAACUAACAGUAGAAGAUUGUAUGAGAAUGUCAUUGCUAUAUCUGAGACGGGAGAAUUAUCAAAUUACUCUGUCCACUUAAGAGAUACUGAAAAUGGUAACAUUGAACUAGGAUUCCACGUUGUAGACGUUACCCUUCAUAUUGAAGAAAGCUCAUCGUUGGAUAGAAGAGCUAGAAAGAGAUCCAGUGCUGUUUUCAUGCCUCAAACAACCGUUCAUUUGUUGCCUGCUUCCUUGAAUGAAUUCUUGAGUUUGCAACCAGACAAAAUUUCCAACACGCUCAGUGUCGUUUAUGAAUUGCACCCAGAAAAUUUCGACGUCAUCUCAACUUGGAUUGGUGAAACUCGUGUCAAGCCAACUACUACCCUAACUCAUGAAAGAUUAAACCAAGAGCUUGAAAAACCAGCGUCAUCAAGGUCAAAGUUCGUGGAUAAGCUAGAGUCAGUUGCUCGUAACUUCCAUCAUUACAGAUUGAACUCGAAGACAGCGGAUUUGUACAGAACUUUACCACUCUUGGAAUCUUUAGAUGAUGAAAAGGUAAAACCUGACUUGAAUAUCUUACAACGUUCUAAGGCGCUAGCACUUCUGUCCGAAAUUGAACGUAAGGUGAACAAUACGGUUGCUACACGUUUGUUUACUUCUUUGGGAGAUGUAGCAUUCUUGAGAAGGCAGCCGGAACCAAUAUCUACUAAAUUGAAGACUUUCCAAAAGAAGGUUGAGAAACUUGGUGUUCCAAUGGAUGUGAUGAGUUCCGAAUCUGUCCUAAAUUCGAUUCUAGCAAUUGAUGACGAUAUAACGAGAAUGGCUAUUGAACUAUUUUUGUCGAAGACGUUAACCCCGGCAAAAUAUUUCAUAUCAGGAAAGGUUGAGCCAGAUCAAUUCGCGCACUACUCUCUAAAUUUACCAUUGUAUACACACUUUACCGCACCAUUGAGAAGAUACUCUGACCAUGUUGUUCAUAGACAAUUGAAGAGUAUUAUAAAUGGUUCUGAAUACAAGGAAACUGUUGACGCCUUGAAAAUUACAUCUGAAUAUUGUAAUUUCAAGAAGGAUUGUGCACAUCAUGCACAGGAGCAAGCAAUUCAUCUGUUACUUUGUAAGACAACAAACGAUAUGGGCAACCAGCACGGACAAAUCUUAACUCUGGCUACCGUUUUACAAGUUUAUGAGUCGUCCUUUGACGUUUUUAUCCCAGAGUUGGGGAUUGAAAAAAGAGUUCAUGGUGAUCAGCUCCCACUUGUAAAAGCAGAAUUUGACAUGGCUGAAAGGGUUCUGGAACUUUACUGGAAGAAGGGUGUCGAUAGCGCAACAUUUGUGCCAACUGAUGAACAAAAUCCUAAAUCGUACAGAAACUCCAUCAAAAACAAAUUUAACUCAAGUAGUAAGGAAAUUGCUGUUAACCAAUCUGUCCUACAGAAUAAAUUAGUAAGCGAGGAGUUCAGUAAAGAAUUGAAAGAAUUAAAUCUAAUUCCACCAACAUUAAAACUACCAAAAUCCAACAUCGAAGAUGCUUUGGAAAAGUAUUUGGAAGUUGCAGUUACCAGGCAAGAAGGUGAUAACAAUAUUCAAGAAAUUAGAGAAUUACAACAGGUUCCUAUUCUCUUGAGAGCAGAAAUUGGUAUGGCCUUACCUUGCUUGACUGUACGUGCAUUAAACCCAUUUAUGAGAAGUUAA